GUUGUUGGCAUCGUUUGGGGAGCGGUAUCUGUGCCAUGUUAUUUUCUUCGGCGGUGAAGUUUCCAGGCGUCGGCACUGGUAUCAGCGUCGGUCCCGUACUGGAGAUCAGAAAGUACAGGGAUUGGAUCGUUAUUGAGAUCGGCGGUCGGUGUAAUGGCCAGGGAGGAGGAGGAGGAGGAGGAGGAGGAGGAGGAGCUACCACGUUGAAGCAUGCGGUGUUUGUCCGCUCUGGGGCAACCUUUCAGGAAGCUAGGCUCCAGAUUGUUGCGCAGAAAGUUUGGUGUGACCCGUUUGUGUUCCUUAUCGAGAAGGGAGGGAGGUCUUGCAGGGUUACUCCUACGCCGUGGGGAGAGGGAGACACCGUCUGCUGCAAAUGGGAAUGGGGGAAAUGGGGGAAGUGCAACGGGAAAGGGGGGGGCGGAAAAGACAGGAAAGCAGAGAGGGGGGGGGGAAGAGAAGGAAGGAGGGGGGGGGGGGGGGGGGGGGGGGGGGGGGGGGAGGCUGGGAAAGAUCAAGGAGGAGGGAAGAAAGACAGAGAGGAAGGCGGAGGAGGGAAAAAGAGGCGUGAAGAUGAGAAGGAGGGGGGUGGGAAUGGUUCUGCUGCCGAAGAGCAUGGGGAGGCCAACCAAGGAGGCAAGAAGCAGAAAGGCGGCGGGAAAGAGAAAGAAGGAGGAGGGGGGGGGAAGGCUGGGAAAGAUCAAGGAGGAGGGAAGAAGGAUGGAGAUGAUGGUGUAGGUAAGAAAAAACAUGAAGAGGAGAAGGAUGGGGGUGGCAACGCCCCCCCUGGCGACGAGCGUGGGGAGGCCAAUCAAGGAGGGAAGAAGCAGAAAGGCGGCGGGAAAGAGAAGGAAGGAGGAGGGGGCGGAAAAGGCGGGAAAGAUCAAGGAGGAGGAGGAGGGAAGAAAGACGGAGAUAAUUGUGGAGGUAAGAAAAAGCAUGAAGAGGAGAAAGAUGGGGGUGGUGGAGGUAAGAAAAAGCAUGAAGAGGAGAAAGAUGGGGGUGGCAAAAAUGGCCCCCCUGGAGAAGAGCGUGGGGGGGGCAAUCAAGAAGGCAAGAAAGAGAGAAUUGGCGGGAAAGAGAAGGAAGAAGGGGGCGGAAAAGGCGGGAAAGAUCAAGGAGGAGGAGGAGGGAAGAAAGACGGAGAUACCGGUGGAGGUAAGAAAAAGAGGCAUGAAGAUGAGAAGGACGGGGGUGGCAGUGCCCCCCCGGGCGAAGAGAAUGGGGGGGUUAAUGGCAAUCAAGAAGUCAGGAAGCAGAAAGGCGGCGGGAAAGAGAAGGAAGCAGGGGGUGGAAAGGCUGGCAAAGACCAAGGAGGAGGAGGGAGGAAAGACGGCGAUGACGGUGGGGGUAAGAAAAAGAGGCAUGAAGAUGAGAAGGAUGGGGGUGGCAGCAAUGACCCUCCUUUUGCUGCCGAAGAGAAUGAUGGAGGGGGGGGCAAUCAAGGAGGCAAGACCCCAAAGCCUGAGAAGGCCUCUAAAAGUUGUCACCCAUGGGGGGAAUCCAAAUGCCGGGCAGACCAUCCAUGCCACACGUUGUGCAAAGGUCACUGCGCUCAUCCAAGGACGCCUAUCGUCUGUGGGAACCGUCAGAGAUACUGGGAGAUCAUUGCAGAUUCGCUGAGGGAGAAGCUACGGCAGGAGAACCGGUCUGACCGGUUCCAUAUCGUAUUUAGGCCCGAAGUGAAGGUGUAUUGCGAUUAUUGUGGGACCGAGAGGCCUGUGGGACCAGGAGAAUCGCUUUGUCGGGGGUGUCAGGGGGGUAGGGGCGGAGGUAGCGGGGCCAGGAUGGCAGGGCAUGUGGGCCUCACUAUGAUUGCGAGUGUUUUGCUCUCGGUCUUCUUUGGGGUACAUGAAGUCUUGGCGGUGCCGACACCUGAGCAAUGCUACUGGAGUCAGCAGUGUACUUUUUCUAUCUUUGAUGGCUGUGGCCUGGGAAGGACGGCUGUCGCAAAGUCGGAUGACUGUAACGGGGCAUGCGAGGUUUGCCCGUUCUUCACCUCUCGCUUCAGGUGUUGCGUUCAUUCUGCGCCUGAGGAAGGCAGCAAAGCGUGUUCCCGCUGCCCGUCCGCGUCGAAGACCGGUACAGAUGAUUUAUGGGUUUGCUGCGCUGACUGCUCGGAGGCUACGAUUGUGGAUGCAGACCAGUUGACAGGCUAUUGCGCUUCAGGAGCGAUCCUACGCUCAGAGAGAAAGACCAAAUUCCACUGGGAGGCUCGCGAAUGGUCUUCCUGCUCUGCAAAAUGUGGAACGGGGGUGCGUAGACGUAAGGUGCAUUGUCUGCAAGGUGUGCCCGGACAGGCGGGGAAGGUUGUGGACGACUCGAGGUGCUCUGCCAAUGAGCCAGCGCCCCCAAAGGAGCAGCCAUGCGAGGGACCGCCGUGUCCUGCAAGCAAGGGUUCCGAGAAGGUUUCCUCUGGCAAACAUCGUCAUCAUCGCCACAUGAGCGCGUGGAUGAUUGUUCUGAUCGUUUUCGCAUCCGUCCUGACAGUCGCAGGAGCGUCUUAUGGCAGCUUUGUCCUUUACCAGAAACGAAAACAACAGUCGGAGCACGGCUUUGUUUAUGUCAUGUUGGAAGGAUACUCAUAAGUGCCGUAACCUGCUUGACGAGAGAGGGUACUACCGUAAUGCAGACCUGCUGUAAUGUGGUGUCAAUCUGGGAACCUCCUGAUCCGCGAAGGUGUACACUAAUCUUCGCGCACAGAAGGGUACUCGUAACCUGCUGGACGAGAGAGGGUACUACCGUGUAAUGCAACCUCGCCAUGGACUCGAUCUGCGGACCUGCCGAUCUGCAAAGGUGUGACGUUGAGAAGUACAUCUCAGUGCCUGAGAGAGAGUGGCAAAAAGCAAAGAACUCUGGGCGCUGCCGAUAGUCAAUAUACUGUGAGUGAGAGAGUUGGACUCGCUGACCGCCCACCUCUCACGAUUUUCAUUCCACGAAGCGUAAGUAGUUUGCGAAUGGCUGGCACCUCCUCAUGUUACAUUUUAUGUUGGGCACCUGUCGACUGCUCCCCUGUCUGCUUAUUGGAGAGCUCACCUGUCAAUGUAACACAAUCCAAUCAACGAACAACUGCCUUUUCGCAAUUGAAAAAGCCCAUGAACAGAUAGAAAGACUAUUGCCCAAAAGGUCUUUCGCAAACAGACACCAACGAGUGCACAGAUCGACUGCUGAACCGCCUUUGUGGUAUCAUGGAGUAUUCGAGCGCAUAGAAAGGCUCCCGAUUCCCAUGACAGCAAGGGAUGUAGGUUUGCUUCGUGCUUGCCUCAACAGGUGCUGAGCUUCCCUUCUCUCGCUUGAUCAUAUGGAUGCACAGAGAGGAGGUGUUUGCAGAGAGUGUGCAUACGGUUGGGUGCCGACAAAAGAGCUGGUUUGGAAGCGUUAAGCAAGGAGUGACUCUCCGUCUUAUGUCAUCCUAUCAAAGCUAUGUGUGUCUGCGUCAUGAGCUGACUGUCAAACAGAGGGUGGUACAAAUGGCAUGAACUGGAGUACGGGUGCGGUUAUGGGUGUUUUACGUCUCCUCUCUUUUCUGGUUGCCUUUUUGGUUUCGGGUUGGUCGUCUCGGCGGGAGCUCCACCGAGCUCUCCUGCACAUGCUAAAAGUCCCCAUGCAUCGGUUGAUGAACGGUGGGCUCAUGGAAAUACUUUGCCAUUUAGCAUGUACUUGUAGGUAGAGGCAGAGGGGGUUGUGCUAAUCAUGUCUUUGUCUGUCGACUCUUCAUCGAAAGGAACAAGGACCGCCGUGAGGCCAACUUGAUGAGACCUAUGUGCUUUGUAAGUCCACCUAAAAUGAGAGAGAGAUGGACUUGGAAUGAUUUCGUCCAGACCAAACGAUGUGAUAACGCAGGACAUCAUAGAAAGGGAGUGAUGGUUUUGUGGGCAGGGGAGAAUUGUCGCGUGGGGGGGCGGGGGGGGGGGGGGGGGGGGGAGAGAGAGAGAGAGAGAGAGAGAGAGAGAGAGAGAGAGAGAGAGAGAGAGAGAGAGAGAGAAAGCUGACAUGGUGCAUCUUGAUAACUGCGUUUCUGACGAGGGAGUGGAUUUCGAAGGAGUUGGGGCGUUUUUGCUGUACUGUGAAUGCAGGGGGGGGAGGAUUGGUGAGUAUUUGUUUUAGUUGUCUUGAAGGAUUCUUGGAAGAGGGAACAUUGUGGAGGGUUCUGGGAGGAACUGGUAGUAGGAUACUGGGCUUUGGCCCUCGUCUUUGGGUAAAGAGUACAAGCAUCAGAGCUCAACAUCUCACUCAAGUUAUCGAGCACUCGGUGGAUGUGGUUUCAGCGGGACAUGCAGCUGUGAAGCAUGGUUUGAACAGUGUGUGGUGAGUAAGUGAUCCUUUGUUUUGAUGUCGUUUAUUUGACAUUCAUUGUGCAAUUGUGAGCACUGGCAGUCCAAGCGUGCAACGACAUAAGCUCACGAUUCCUACAUUACGCAUGCAACGGGGGAUUCAUCGGGAUAUGCGGAUUCAUAGGCAUACUGGUGCUGCUGCUGCUGCUGCUGCUGAUGCCGCUGAUCUUUGCACAUGCAAUGGUCGAAUUACUUAGAAAAAGUGAGAAUGUCUGAUCGUCAUAUAAGUAAGGCAUGUGUAUUGGAGCAAGUACGAAGAUACGUCCGAUCGGACGAAUCCAUUUCGAUCCAGGUUCCAUGGGUGGCGGAUUCAUUGGCACGCUGCUCCUGAUGCUGCUGUUGCCACCGCCGAUUUUUCCGCAUGCAAUGGUGGAAUUACGCAAUCGAGGACGUAUGGCAAUGUCCAAUCGUCAUAUAGGUAAGGCAGGUAUGGCAUGCGCAAUCAGGGAAUGACAAAGAUGUCCGAUCAGAAGAAGUCAUUGUAAUCGAGCGUCCAAGUGUGUGCGUCUGUGGUUGUUCGUCAGCGGCUUCUGACAGAGGAGGGGAAGCAUGUCUUCUUCUUUUUGUCGAUACAACCAUUCGUGCAUGCAUGCAUGCAUGUAAAGCAUAUCAUCGGUCGAUCGAAUGGCUGAUCGAUACGACCAUUCGUGCAUGCAUGCAUGCAUGUAAAGCAUAUCUAUCACCGGUUGAUCGAAUGGCUGAUUGUGUGAUUAGCGGAUUAGAUAGAUCACGGACGAAUUGGGGGGGGGGAGGGGGGGGAGGGGGGGGAGAGGGGUUGUAAUCAGUGUACGAAUUGGCUGAUAAGAUCAUCAGUGCAUGAAAUGACUGGCGGAUGGUGUGUAUGAUCAGUGAAAGAAAUGGCUGAUGGGAUCGUCACUGAAGGAAACGAGUCAUAAAUUCAUAAUGAGUGGUGAAUGGCGGGUGUCGUCAGUGUUUCUCCAAUGAUUGCAGAAGGGAAUUUAUUGAAUUAUUUUUUAUUCCCAGUAAAUCUACAGACCAAUU